AUGAGCUCAAAUCCAGCCCCCGUCGACCCCAAAGAGGUCAAGGGUAUCAACGACGACGCUGUCCAGAUGCACCCUACCGAUGCGCCGGCCGAGAUUGGGGAUCGCAGACGGACGCACCACGACAUUCCCGCUCAUGGUCAUAACCCUUCGUUGCAGAAGGACGUUGACGAGAACCCGGAUUUGGCUCUGCAUUACUCCCACGAACAUCAGCACAAGCACCUCCAUCACGGCCGCCCCUCGUUAAGUGGGCGCCACGACGAGGUCCUCUAUGCCGACGGCACCACCAUCGACCAGCAUGUCGCUGGCAAAAAUCCGCAAGAUUAUGUGAAGCACCAGCUCCGCCAUCCCUCGGAAGCGGUCAAUGAAAAGGAUUUCAUCACCAUGGAUGAUGCUGAGAAAGGAGAUGUGAAUCCCGCGCGGGUGUCGACCAACGGUUCUGAGGAAGAGGGGAAACAGCAUCGUCUCUCAAGAGUAUAUUCGAAAUACAAGAUCCUUGUCCACCUCUUCAUUUGGCUGCUGUUCACCGGAUGGUGGAUUGCUGGGUUGGUUCUGCACCGUCACGACUUGGGCUGGCUUAUUCCGUUCCUCCUCUACCUCGCCAUCACCCUGCGCCUGAUCUUCUUCUGGGUUCCAAUCACCAUCAUCACUAAACCAAUGCACUUUAUCUGGAACAACACGGGUGUCAAAGUCUACCAGGCAAUCCCAGAGAAACUACGCAUCUGGCUUGCUGCGCUGGUUGCUCUGGCUACCAUCCUGGUCGGAUCUUUCGUUUCAGAGGAAUCUGCUGAUAACACCCGUGGAAAUCGUGCCAUUUCCCUCCUGGGGCUCGCUGUCAUGAUAGCUCUCCUCUGGCUUACUUCGCGUGACCGCCGCAAGAUUCGCUGGCACACGGUGAUCGGUGGCAUGUUGACGCAGUUCGUCAUUGCGGUGUUUGUGCUCCGUACAAAAGCCGGUUACGAUAUUUUCAACUUCAUCUCCUUCCUCGCUCGUCAGCUACUAGGAUUCGCAGAUCAGGGUACCUCAUUUUUGACGGCGGACAGUGUCAUCGAUUUGCACUGGUUCUUGACGGGAGUCGUGCCACCGAUCAUUUUCUUCGUUGCUUUUGUACAGGUCCUCUACUACCUGGGUAUCCUGCAAUGGUUCAUUGGCAAGUUUGCCGUGUUCUUCUUCUGGAGCUUGCGUGUCUCUGGUGCUGAAGCUGUCGUGGCAGCUGCUUCUCCUUUCAUUGGACAGGGAGAAUCUGCCAUGCUUGUGCGGCCGUUCGUGCCUCACUUGACCCUGGCAGAAAUUCAUCAAGUCAUGUGUUCUGGUUUUGCUACCAUUGCCGGCUCCGUGCUGGUAGCAUAUAUCGGGUUGGGAUUGAACCCCCAGGCUCUGGUGUCUUCUUGUAUCAUGUCAAUCCCGGCGUCCCUGGCGGUGUCAAAGAUGCGAUACCCGGAAACAGAGGAGACCAUCACCUCAGGCCGGGUGGUCAUUCCUGAUGACGAUGAACAUCGCGCAACCAAUGCCCUGCAUGCGUUUGCCAACGGUGCUUGGCUCGGUAUCAAGAUCGCGGGCAUGAUUGUGGCCACUUUACUCUGCAUUAUUGCAUUGAUUGGCUUGAUCAACGCUCUUCUAGGGUGGUGGGGAAGAUACAUCAACAUUACCCAAGAUGGUGGCCCAUACCUGACCCUCCAAUUGAUCCUGGGAUACAUCUGUUACCCAGUGGCCUUCCUUUUGGGUGUGCCCCGUGAUGAUCUGCUGAAAGUGGGACAACUCAUCGGAAUCAAAGUCGUCGCCAACGAAUUUGUGGCGUACAACUCUCUCACGAGCGAGGCACAGUAUAUCAACAUGAGCCCGCGGUCCAAGCUGAUUGCGACGUAUGCAUUGUGCGGUUUUGGCAACUUCGGCUCCCUCGGAACCCAGAUCGGCGUGCUCAGUCAGAUUGCUCCUUCUCGGGCCGGCGACGUUUCUCGCGUCGCGCUCUCGGCUUUGUUCUCUGGGGUGCUCUCUACGUUGACCAGCGCAAGUAUUGCUGGCAUGUUGGUCACAGAUCAGGUUACUUUGAGUCAGGAAACCUCUGGUUGA